CCGGACCCGGCGGAGGCACAGAUUUAGGCCCCUUCGAGCAUCUUGUGCAGACCAGCAGCUUGGCCGGCCGAGCCCCCACGCCUGCACGAAACAGCGCGGGAUGGCCGGCAGGUUUCGGACAGCGUCGUGUUGGGUUCCUGGACCAAUUCCAGCAAGAGGGGUGGGGGUGCAGUUCCCCCACACACAGCAUCACACAGUUCUUGGACACCAGCAGGUUGUCUGAGAAUUCAGCUUCAGUCUGUCACUGUCUACCCAGAGAUGGGGGACAGUCUCCUGGAAACCAGCUGCCCUUUGGGAUUAUUGUCAUUCAAGGAUAUAUCUGUGGAGUUCACCUGGGAAGAGUGGCAGUUACUGGACUCUACGCAGAAGUACCUGUACAGGGAUGUGAUACUGGAGAACUAUAGCCACCUGGUAUCUGUGGGGUAUCAUGGUACCAAACCUGAUUUAAUCUUCAAGUUGGAGCAAGGAGAGGAGCCAUGGAUAAUAAAUGCCAAAGUUUCCCGUCAGAGCUGUCCAGAAGGUUGGAAAGAAUGGUACCAGAAAAAUCAAGAUGAGUUUGAAAAUAUUGAGAGAAGUUAUGCUUGUGGCGCAUUUGGAAAACGUCAUCUGAGCAGAACCCAUGUUCCUUCAAGACAAAGAAUCCAUAAGUACAACACACAUGGAAAAAGUCUGACACAAAACUCAGGUUCAACCAAAAGCUGUCUGAGAAAAAAUCCUGAUAAGUUCCAUGGAUAUGAAGAAUCCUAUUUUCUUAAGCAUCAAAGAGCUCAUAGUAUAGAAAAGAACUGUGUGUGUAAUGAAUGUGGGAAAGCUUUUCGUUGUAAGUCACAACUGAUUGUCCAUCUCAGAAUUCAUACGGGAGAGAGGCCUUACGAAUGCACCAAAUGUGAAAGGGCAUUCAGUGCCAAGUCAAACCUUAAUGCUCAUCAGAGGGUGCACACGGGAGAAAAGCCCUACUCCUGCGGUGAGUGUGGGAAGGUAUUCUCCUUCAGGUCACAGCUCAUUGUCCAUCAGGAAAUUCACACAGGGGGGAAACCUUACGGCUGCAGUGAAUGUGGGAAAGCCUACAGCUGGAAAUCACAGCUGCUUUUACACCAGAGAAGCCACACAGGCGUGAAACCUUAUGAAUGUGGGGAGUGUGGGAAAGCCUUCAGUUUGAAGUCACCGUUUGUCGUACACCAGAGGACUCACACAGGAGUGAAGCCCCAUAAAUGCAGUGAAUGUGGGAAAGCCUUUAGGAGUAAGUCCUACCUCCUGGUUCACAUCAGAAUGCACACAGGGGAGAAACCCUACCAGUGCAGCGAUUGUGGGAAAGCCUUCAAUAUGAAGACACAACUUGUCGUUCACCAGGGAAUCCACACGGGGAAUAAUCCUUAUCAGUGCAGUGAAUGUGGGAAAGCCUUCGGUAGGAAGGAACAGCUCACCGCACAUCUGAGAGCACAUGCAGGCGAGAAGCCCUAUGGAUGCAAUGAGUGUGGGAAGGCUUUCAGCAGCAAAUCAUAUCUUGUUAUACAUAGGAGAACACACACUGGAGAGAGACCGUACGAAUGUAGUUUCUGUGAGAGAGCCUUUUGUGGGAAAUCUCAGCUCAUCAUACACCAGAGGACUCACUCUACGGAGAAACCCUAUGAAUGCAGCGAAUGUGAGAAAGCCUAUCCCAGGAAGGCGUCACUUCAGAUACACCAGAAAACUCACUCGGGAGAAAAACCUUUUAAGUGUGGUGAAUGUGGGAAGGCCUUCACUCAGAAGUCGUCCCUCAGUGAACAUCAGAGAGUGCACACAGGAGAGAAGCCGUGGAAAUGCUCUGAAUGUGGGAAAUCCUUCUGUUGGAACUCAGGGCUUCGUAUACAUCGAAAAACUCACAAGUGAGAAAUUAGAAUGAAGUAGAUGUUAGGGACUUUCUCACAGACGUUGAUUCUCAGGAGAUUUUAGAUGAUAAUGGAGAUGGGAUGCAGAAGCAGGAAGUCCUAAAAGUACACUCCUAUCAAUUAAGUCAGAGAGAGACCGUCAUGUUUGCAAUGAAUGGGCAAAAGCUUUCAGAAAUAAGUCCUAUGAGUCUGUAGACGAGAACUCAAGGAAUGAGGAGCAGUAACUAUGAAGUACACUGCAUCAUGAUAAAGAUAAAAUUCAGAGAAUUCAUAUUUAAAACUUGCCAAAUUUAAUAAAUCACGAAAGCAUUUUCCCGUAGGAAUGUGUUAUGUGUGGAGAGUCACAUUCCAGAUUUGAAGCUAUGUUUUAGAGUGAAGAAAAUCUCAAUUUUAAAUGGUGGAUUUUUUCAUGGUGGAGUAUAAAGUUGUUUUUUAUUUUAAUAUGUAAAUAGAGCAAUGGUCAGGAAAACAUCAAGGAACAUAUUCUGAAGGUUAAGAGGUAUUUAGUGUGACUUUCUUGAGUAACACUGAAUAGCAUUUUUUAAAACUUUGGUAUUUUAUUUUUUAAUGUAACGUCAUACAUAUAUUUGGUAGUUUGUGGAAUAACAUCCCCUAAUAUUCUCCAUAUUAAAUGCUAAGUAUCAGUUUUGUCUCUUUAUUUCUUAGCAACUAAAGUAAUGUGGCUUUUAAUAAAUGGAAAGAUACUGUUCCCCAAAUGAGUUUUACUUACUCAGCAGUCUUUGUAAGUGGGUCUGACAGUCAUCACGGGGCUGCUGUGUAGGAGCAGAGAGAGAGAUUAUAUUUUAGCAGUUCAGAGUGUGUUCUCCACUGAUUGGCGAGAACACGCUAGUUUUCUCUGGAGGAGCACCUCUCUGGUGUGUCCAUCUCCGGGUUGGUGUCUCUCAGGGCACCUAUUGCACCAGCUACAGGUGAGCAUUAUGCCCAUUGCCGGCUCAUGGUAACCUCGUUUCUGGAUCGUGAGUCUCUGACUCAGCCUCAUGUGAACCAGAAGGGACGUGUGGAACUAACUUACUCUUGCCCCAGAAUGGAGGGCCAUCAAUUCCUUCCUGCUGUAUUGGUUUCCCAGAAUAAGUAUGGGUGCUGUCCCUCUUUGAACCUGGUUUUCUGGCCUGUGUGCUUCCGCCUCUCUUCAAUAAACAUGUUUUUCUGCUAACGUUAAGGAGAGUGAAUUUCUAUCUCAUAUUACUGAAGGGCUUUAAUCGAUAAAUUGUUGC